AUGGCCAGCUCUGAAUGGGCGGUGCGCGGUGGCUUGCCAACGCGGGGCCCCGCCCACCGCGGCGGCGGGGGCGUGGCCCUCGACGCCCACGCCCCCCCGCGCCCCUCGCCAGGCACCCGCCGCGGCAAGAUGGAGGCGGGGGGGGCGUACUCGCGGGACAGCGAGGGCAGCUGGUUCCGCUCCCUGUUCGUGCACAAGGUGGACCCCCGCAAGGACGCCACUCCAACCUCCCUGUCCAAGAAGGAGACCAGCAACCUCUACAAGAUCCAGUUUCACAACGUGAAGCCAGAAUGCCUGGAUGCCUACAACAGCCUGACAGAGGAGGUGCUGCCCAAGCUGCACUUGGACGCCGAUUACCCCUGCGACCUGGUUGGGAACUGGAACACGUGGUACGGCGAGCAGGACCAGGCAGUGCACCUCUGGCGCUUCUCGGGCGGGUACCCGGCCCUCAUGGACUGCAUGAACAAGCUGAAGCAGAACAAGGAGUACCUGGAGUUCCGCAAGGAGCGCAGCCGCAUGCUGCUGUCCCGCAGGAACCAGCUGCUGCUCGAGUUCAGCUUCUGGAACGAGCCCCUGCCCCGCCCGGGGCCCAACAUCUACGAGCUCAGGACCUACAAGCUCAAGCCAGGGACCAUGAUUGAGUGGGGCAACAACUGGGCUCGGGCCAUUAAGUACCGGCAGGAGAACCAGGAGGCCGUGGGCGGCUUCUUCUCCCAGAUCGGGGAGCUGUACGUCGUGCACCACCUCUGGGCCUACAAGGACCUGCAGUCCCGCGAGGAGACGAGGAACGCGGCGUGGCGGAAGCGGGGCUGGGACGAGAACGUGUACUACACGGUCCCGCUCAUCCGCACGAUGGAGUCGCGGAUCAUGAUCCCGCUGAAGAUCUCCCCGCUGCAGUGACCGGACCGGACCGGGGGGGGGGGGCAGACCGGG